AUGAUGGCACCGAAUGGAGGGGGCUGGGGAAAGGUCCUUUUGCGAAGCUACCCGUGGGGGAGGGAUAACCAAAGGAAGCUGAGUAUGGCAAGAAGCUUCUACACGCAGCGGAUAGUUGCUGCCAUGCACGCCAAUGGAAGAGGCGUACGAAGUGGAGCAAUCGCAACAACACAUGCAAGGACGAUGCACAAUCAACACAGAUGUACCUACUACACCAGCAGCGAUGGAAAGAAAUACAAUAAAAAAUUUUGGAACAGUUUAGGGAUUGUUAUUAUACCACAACAAACAGCCUACAUAGUUGAGCGUUUGGGAAAGUACAAAAAAACCCUACUGGCA